CCCAGUGUCAUUGCAAGUGUCAAUGGUUGGGGCUGAAAAUGACAAGCUCAAAUUCAAACACUUUCAAUGUGUCUCAGAAAUUGGAUGUUUCGCAAAUUACGUUAUCCGAGAUUCCGGAUAGUAUUGUUUUUCCGAACGAACUGAACGAUUUUCUGAGGGAGCAAAUAAGGUAUCAAGUUCAUGAAAAUGGAAUGCUCCAAAAGAAGAUUUCAGAUUUGGAGACCAAUUAUGAAGAAAGCCAAGCUAAAAUUUCUGAACUAAUCACUAAACUUGGAAAUUACGAGAAAUUAUGUAACAAGAAUGAAUUCAUCACGUCCAACCAAGUAGCUAGUACGAAAAUCGUGGAGCUAAGUAAAAAGCUCAGAGAGAAAAACUCCGAAGUGGAGGCUUUAAAAACUAAAUAUUCUAAGCUUGAAAAGCACCUGUUCGAUUUGAAACAAGCGUUUGUGGAAAACAACGAGGACUCUAAAAAACUUGCUGUAGAAGAGAAACCUGUCAAUGAGUUGGAAGAAGAAUUGAAAAAAUUAACAGAAAAAUUGAGUUGCGUCAACGCCAAACUUGCUGACAGCAAGAACAAUAACCUCCAAUUGAAAAAUGAGCUGAAGUUGGCUAACAAAUGGCUUCAACAGGAGAUUGGAGAAAGCUUCGAAAGCUUGCAGUUGAUGAACAAUUCCAAUAAUGGAUGGAGAGGCAGAUCUCAGGUUAUUUGUGAUUUGACGCAAAAAAACAACGAACUGAGAGAAAAAUUGAAAGCUCUGCAAGAAAAAGUAAAGGUACCAGUGUCAGAGCCAAACCUAUCAAUCAACAAAUUUGAGAGCAAAGUUAGCAUUUUGUCCAUGGAAAACACGGAUCUCAAAGGGAAGUACGACGAUCUCAAAAAAAAGUAUGAGGCUUUGAGAGCCAGAUGCAAAGUAUUGGAUGCAGAAUACUCGAUGCUGAAAUCUAAAACAAGCAUGAUGAAAGAGCAGUCGGAUAGGGAUCAGGACCUAAUUUCUACAUUGUCGUUACAAAUAUCCUCGUCAAAAAAUUCCAUGAACGAAACCUUUCAUCAAAAAGAACGGGCCAUUGGCAAACUCAACAAAGAGAAGAAACAACUCUUAAGCGAAAUUGAAGAAUACAAAAACGUUAUUAAAAAUUUGCAAGAAGAACUUUCGAAAAAAGUCGAGAGAAAGAACGAAGUCAACUUGACGGAGUCUGAGCAAAAGAAGACAUGUGAAAAGUCGGAUAUAUCAGAACCUGGAACGCUAGGCCUCCUAGAUUUGAUCGAACAACAAAAUAAUCGUCUGAAAAUUGAACGAGAGGAACACGCUAAAACGCAAGCUAUUCUGCGAGUAGAAAAACAACGAGCAGCCAAGGCAGAAGCUGCUGCAGCUAGACUGGAACUCGAAUCAAAUACAUGUCGCUCAGGAUACAGUUCGAAUGUUUCUUGUACCAAGCCGAGAGAUGGCAGCCUACGAGAUCAACUUGAAUUAGCGGAAGAAAACAUUAAAGCUUUGAAAACGAGAUUGGAUCUAGAACAGUUUGAGCGAAAAAAUGACUUGCAAGAGUUUUCUAAAAUAAUUAAAGUUUAUACUGAUAAUAAAGAUUGAUUUGAACAAUA